CUCUCAAAGCUUGCUACCUGACUGGUUCCGUGGACUCCUGCUGUAGUGCUCCUUCCCUUUAGCCGUCGGUCAGGUCAUUCAUCGCGUGUCUACCUGCUUCUGCCAUCCCUGCCCUUACCUGUUGUCUCAGUUUCUUACUUCCCCUCUCGGUGUUGAAGCCCCUCUUCUCUGUGUCGCCUCCUUAACCUCGGCGCCGUGGUUGGGCUCCCGUGUUGCUGUCACUUCGACACCCAGCACCCUUCUUCAACCACGUCUUUCCCCCCGACCACUGUGUCUUUUUAUCUGAGAGCGUAGAGCUUUCUUUUGCUUUGUCUUCUGUCUUCAAACAGCAUCUACUUCUGUAUAUCUACCCUCGGAAUCAUGUUCGCCCCACGCUUGUUGCGGCCAGCGUCUUCGCUGGCUCGCCCCUUCAGUUCCUCUGCCACUGCCUACCGCGCCCCCUCUAUCCGUGACAUCACCCCCGACUCGGCGGUGGAGUUUAAUGCCCGUCAAAAGGAGUUCCGCGAGAAUCUGGAGGUGGCUCGCAAGAAGAGAGAACAGCAAGAGAGUCAGUCUGUCGAUGCUUCUGGUUCUACUGCCUCAUCCCCUGCAUCCCGUGACCGCUUUCGUGAGUACGCUGCCGCUCCCACUGCUCCGGGUGAGAGCAAUGCGAGCAGUAACAAGAACCUUGUGUUUGAUGCCGCUGAAGUUCUUGAUCAUAAGGCUUUGGGCUCACUUUCUACCCACCGGAUUAUAGGAGACGAGCAGCUGCAGGAAGCCAGUCAGUCUCCGAAGCGCGGCCCCCUGUCGUCGCUCAUCUACGGAACCAAGGAAGGCCAGCAACUGGACAAAGAUAUCGAGCGGUCGUUUUCGCAGGUCCUCGCCCGUGGAAAAUACGUACAUUCGAUCGUCUUCCAUGAUGUGAAGCCCGACAAAGUCGACGACUAUGUCAACCUCGUUGGCCAGUGGUAUCCGCGCAUGGCGUCCGACCCAGAGAACCGGGUGAACUUGGUUGGAAGCUGGCGUACACAGGUCGGAGACAAUGACACCUUUGUUCAUAUCUGGGAAUAUCAGCGAUACGAAGGCUACCAUGCUUCUCUGCACAACAUCUCCAGUCAUCCCGAAUUCCCCGAAUUUGACCGCAAGUUGAAGAGUUUGAUCAAGAGCAAGAAGACAUCGUUGAUGCAAGAGUUUUCCUUCUGGCCAACAACUCCUCCACGGCGCCUGGGUGGCCUUUUUGAGCUCCGAUCAUACACACUCCACCCCGGAAACCUUUUGGAAUGGGAGACGCACUGGCGACGCGGUCUCAAAGCCCGCCGGGAGGUCAUGGAGGGCGUCGGGGCAUGGUUCGUUCAGAUUGGAGAGUUGAACACUGUGCACCAUCUCUGGCAGUUUGCGAACCUCGAGGAGCGCAAGGUCCGUCGGGAGCAGUCCUGGGGCAUCGAAGGCUGGGCGGAAACCGUGCAUAAGACGGUCCCGCUUAUCCAGACCAUGCAAAGCCGGAUUCUGAUCCCUAUGCCAUGGAGCCCGGUUGGUUAAACCCAGUCACGGUCACAUGGUAAUGAUCACGGGGCGAUCCUACAGUGCCCAGGCAUCCAGAGCCAAGCCUGACUUAUGUUCCUCGACGAUCCGAGCGCCAUGAACAGAGAGCAAGGGAGUGUAUAGACAGGAGCCGGAUCUAGCAUGGAACGACUAGGC